AAGUAAAGCCUUCAUCAGAUAGAGCUAUAAAUACUAAAGCAAACAAUGGAUCUGUAUUCAGAUCAAUAUCAUAUAUACAGUUCAAUUUCUCUCUCAAUCUUCUCCUCUGUCAUCAUUCAGCAAACAUGGCUUCUUAUGCGCAGGCUAAUCCUCAAGCUUACCCUGCAACGCCAACCUCUUUCCCACCACAAGGACAGGCACCCUAUUCUGCACCUCCUCCAGUAGGGUACCCUACAAAUGACGAUGUUGCUUACCCUCAGCAGGUUCCGGCCAAGACCAAGAGUCGCGGCGAUGACGAUGGUUUCUGGAAAGGAUGUUGUGCUGCACUGUGUUGCUGCUGUGUUCUGGAGACCUGUUUCUAAGAGUGGAGUGACCAGUGAAAUGAUCAGUGAAAUUGUUUGAAUUAUCAUAGAGAACUGUAUGUUAGAUUACUUCUGAUGUAUUUUCACUUUUCAUUAUGUAUACGUGUUAUUUAUUAGUGGAGUUUGUAGCGGGUUUUUGCAUAUAA